ACUUUGUUCGACUGCAAGUGUCUCUUGUUUCGUCGGCGUGCUUCUGUUGAUGGCGACAACGCCCGAACCUCCUACUUAACAAACAGUUACUCUAUAAUUCCUCGACUUUCUCUGCGCUGUGCGUCCUAUUCACUACAACUUCAUCUGGCACUCGAUAGUCUGGAUAGCUCGCCGACAGACGAGAUCUGGAGGGUGCUUCUGGAGUGAUAAUACUAUAGGUGAAUUUGUCAAAGCUCUCCAGGUCUCUUAAGGCUACUGCCGGCUCUCCUGCCUCGCGACCAUGACAUCGGCACCACCGCCACAGGUCUCGACUCCUACGCAUACGCACCCUCUGCUCCUAGACGAAGCUCUUUCUCGAGGGCGCAAGCUGCGCAGUACGCAGCUUUCUGAGGAUAGAAAGCCUUCUGUAGACUAUUUCUCGCUCAAGGCACAAGUAGAACACAGCAUCGAAGAGCACGCGGGAUAUAACAGCGACAGUUGGGAUGGUAGCGUCCGCGGAUUUGGCAACGGUGGGAGGCGCAAGACAGGAAAGCCUGCACCUCUGAUUGUUGUCGAAUCCUCCAGUGGCAACCUGGUGCCCUCCGUGUCCUCCACUGAUAAUGGUCCCGACGCCGAGUUCGCUGUUGACGCUGAUUCAGGAUCUGCUGCCGAUGCACGUAUCUUGCAGACAAAAUGGCAUGAGAUGCCGGGCGACGCGAUUGAAGACGCCGUGUCCAAGUACCGCGAUACAACUCCUCAAUCAAGUAUCCCUAGUCAUCCGUAUCACUCUGUUCUGAGAGUAUUGUCGUCUGCGGUGCACAAGCUGUCACGAAUGCACAGGGAGCUAGAGGAGACUCGCAGGCUACUCCAAGAGAAGGAGACUGCAAGGCGCGAAAGGGCAGAACAUCUGCUCAAGGAGUUGCCGCCAUCGGAGAAGGUCGUCGCUGAGCGUAUUCUUCAGUCUCUCUUUCCUAACGAUGACGAGGAACAUCAUCAAGUGGAGAGGCGUCAUAGUGAAACUUCUCUCACACAGUCUCUGACUGAAGCCAUCGAAGAAGACGUAUCAUUAUCAACAAACGUUCCACUCGAGUUGAAUACGCCCCUGGCACCGAUCUUAGCACCCAUGGACAUGGAUGCGAGUGUAGCCACUCUCCAAGCAGACUCCGACAGACUGCAAAACUCUGAACCAUCACUGAAUCCUUCCACAGUCAAUGUUCUCAUCGACUCCACACAGAUUGUUGCCUCGCCUUACGAGGAUGCUACGAAUGGCCCUGACGAUAGCUUGAAGUCUGACCGCGUAUUAUUUGGUGAUUGGAUGGGUGCAUGGUGGGCCAAGAACAAGAAGAACAAUGGUGGAGCUUCUCUUACGUUGGAUGAUGACGCUUCAGCAUCGAUCAGAAGCAGUCCUUCACGAACAGUAUCAUCACAGAAUCUCGCCGACGACAUCGCCGCUGCACAAUCGGUUCCACAGACGCCUAAAACCAGUCGUCGUAAGGCUGCACGCAGCGUUUUUGGUUCUCUGGGGCUCUCCAUCCUGAAUCCCUCCACCUCCUCUUUCAGUUCUCGAAAGCGCCGCAAUCUGUCCGUUACGGAUAUACAUGCGUUUGCCGCGUCCGCGGAUCCGAAGGAAUCCAAGAGGGAGACCAAGAGCGUAUGCUCCGCCGCUUCAUCUCCUGUGCGAGGUGACCUCCCAUCCCAUCCCAGCGGCUCAUCACAAGUCUCAGAGGUAGCAUCAUCAUCAAAACCACCGUCUCUGUCGACAGACCCGUGCUCCACGGCUGACGAGAAACCGCCUCAAGGAACGUCUCUACGUGCCAUCAUACAGGCAACGCGUGUGAUGACGUCUGACCCUUCCAGUAUUCUGGAUGACCAGGGCCACGAGACGAGUACGUUCAUUGCGGAGAAGGCCAUGGAGUUGGUGCGAAACGCGCGAGAGGAGGGGCUGGAACUACGGGAACGACCGAAGGAGAAAAGGGAGCACCGACCUGAGAGGUCAGAGGGCCAUGGCCAGAAUAUGAUCAGUCCUGCCGGGGAGCUUACACCCUUUCUCGCUCACCUUUCUCCAUCUGAGAGCGGUCAACGGCCCUCAGAUCGGCGAAAGCCGAGUGUCAACUUUACAUCCUUCGCAUCGCCACUCUUCGGAUCCUUCAUGGCUCAACAAGGAAAGGCGGUAUCUGUUGUAGUCGGUUCCGUGCAAAGAGGAUAUCCGUCAGCCCAGUCCUCUCAAUCCAUCGCACCAAGCGGUGGCCCAUCUCAGCAGGUGGCUGCAAAUAGACCCGGCUCAGUGCCAUUGGAGUCCAUCAUACCCGUAGAUGCCAAGCCACCGACCCACUAUCUAUCGAGAACCUACACACCCUUGACAUCUCGCGACUUCCAUUUCUCGAUCCCUUUGCCAGAUGCGGCGUCUGCUUUGUCGGUACCAUACGACGAGCUCAGCCACGAAGGCGUGACUGACCGAUAUGGCUUCAUCUAUGAUGUGUCAAAGUACGAUGCUCUUCUCCUCGUCCGAGCGAAGGAAUGCGGCAACACUGCACCUGCGUGUCUCACGGGCAUCAAGAUCGCCGACCGCAAGGAGGACAACAGUUGGCCCGAGGACGAGGGACACUUGGACGACAAUAUCGAAAUCGUGAAGGAAGCAUGUGAGUGCGAUGGAGUGGACGAGAUGGCUGAUACGAUGAGCAUCAAGAGUUCUGGCACGCGUCGAACCAGUCAUAGCCUGCCUACAGCAGACUCCGGGCCCAAUUCGUCUCAACCGUCGCGCGGCACUUCGCCCUCGUCCACGAAGGCCAGGAAGCGUGCAGGUACACUGCAUGGCAAGCCCGCGAGAUUGCUGACCUCCAUCCUGAGCGUCGAUGAAGACACCCCGCGCCAUGUGUGUGCGAAGACUAUCCGCCAGCUGAUUGCACAACUCGUCGAGGUGCAUGAUGAGCGGGAGGCUGCACAGCGCAAGGAAUGGGAUACAUUCUUGAAGCACAGACGGGCGUCCAGAAAGUCCUCGGGCGGGUCAUCCUCGCGAACACCGAAUGUGGGCGGCGGAGGCGCAGCUGCGAUUCUGGGACUCGGCACGGAAGUCGGAGAAGAGGAGCUUGAGCAUAGCGGAGGUUUGGUCGGCUUCGCGCAGCUUGGGCUUCCGGCAUACCGAGAUGAAAGGAAGGAAUUUGUCCGGCUGGUCCGCCAUGGUAUACCCUUGGUUUAUCGAUCAAAAGCGUGGCUGGAGUGUAGUGGCGGGCUUGAUAUGCGCGAGCCCGGUAUCUUCACCGAUCUGCUGGCCCAGUCGGACGAUGAGUCUGGAGUCGUCAGGGAGAUUGAGAAGGAUGUUUGCAGGACGAUGCCCUUGAAUGUCUUCUUCGGCCGGACAGGCGCAGGCGUGGAUAAGCUGCGGAGAGUUCUGACGGCUUACAGCAGGAGGAACCCAUCCGUUGGCUACUGCCAAGGGAUGAACCUUGUGACGUCCACGCUUCUGUUGAUUCAUGCAGAUGAAGAAGAGGCAUUCUGGGUCCUCUCUGCAAUCAUCGAGCGCAUCCUGCCGCCCGACUUCUUUUCUCCGUCGCUCCUUAGCUCCCGUGCGUGUCCGCUGGUGCUGCAGGACUACGUGCAAGAGCACAUACCGAAGCUGUAUCACCACCUCACUGAACUGGGAGUCGAUCUCCCUGCCAUCUGUUUCUCAUGGUUUCUGUCAUUGUUUACUGAUUGUCUGCCUAUUGAGACCUUGUUUAGAGUGUGGGACAUCUUCCUGGUUGAUGGCUUGGAUGUCUUGUUCCGCAUCGCCUUCGGCAUUUUGCGCAUGAACGAGCAGGAGCUGUUACACUGCGGGUCCAUUCCCGCAGUUUACGUCGCACUAGAGAGCUUACCCAACCGUAUGUGGGAAACGGAUAAGUUGCUUCAGGUAUGUAUGUGCGGUGUAUUUACAUGACGAGCGCUGCUGCUCACAUGGAUCUGCGUCCGGGUUGCAGUACGAAGGCGAGCUGCGCUCAACGAUGCACCAUGCUGAUUUGGUGAAACGCCGCGAUGCCCACGUCGCUCAGCUCAAGGAGUGCAUGCAGACUUGAGCAUCCGG